CCGCUCCCAGUCGGUUGCCCAUCUCAAGGGUGACGGUGAAGCAUGCCCGGACGCCUUUCAAGUCGCCCAUUUCUCUACCGGACCGUGUCGCAUGACGUAUACGAAAUCAAAUUUAACGGGACUACCGAAUCUUUUGCUCCCUGCUCUCUGCGACUAGUCGAGUGAGAACUCAUUUGUUGUAGUUUGGAUAGGUUCGGGAGCCCGUUAGGACUUGGCUGUCAAUAUUCAUGUCAAUAACCUAUCGGUCCGAAUACUCUGAUGUCUGGCUGUUUUUCUCGUUGAAGCUCUAUCCUUCGCGCUGAAAGCCGGCUAUCCGAGAUGUGAAAGUCAACCUGGACGGGUCUAGUGGUGCAACUGAGAGGUAUAAAGGUCGCUCGAAAGUGCCUUUCAUGACCCCAUUCACACUCCUCGCAUCCACAUUUGCAAACAUCCCUCAAGCCUCAUCAUACAAGACAAGACUUCGCGAUGCUGCGAACUUUGUUCUUGCUUGCCCUCUUCCCUGCUGCGAUACUAUGCGCAGCGGUUGAUUCCGAAACUCUCUCGUUCUGCGAGUCUCCCACCGUUGUUUCUCAAACAUACAUCGGCAAAGACAAGAACGUGAAGAUCGAGGGCAUUCACUGUGCUAAUGACGUCUCCGCCCUUUUCGAUUUAGAGAAGAGGCAAACUCCACCUGUAAACGUCUGUGGCGCCCAAUGUAAUACAAAUUGCUUCAUACCUUCUGGCGGAGGACCCGAUCCUAACGAAUGUCACGUCAUCUCGGAUGCAUUGUUAUAUGACAGUCAAAACAUCGGUGCCAUCUUUACUAUCCCAGCCAACGCCAAUGUAAUCACCAUGCAAUUCCGCUCGUGCUUGAGCUUUUUCGUCAACCAGGCUGGUAUUGACGAACAAUACUGCCGCACUGACUGGGCCGCAGUUCUCGAUUGGGUUGCGUUUAAUUGUCAAGCUCAGCAGAACGCUCACGGUGGUAACUGCGUUGCGGCUGACCAGAGGUGGUUCAUACAAGUCCAGCAUGUCUGAACCAACCAUGACAUGACCCGCUCCCUUUCUGUUUCUGUUGGACUUUUCUGAAUGGACUAUUAAUGGACUUAGGAAACUAUUCAUGGACUGAACGCUAUCCGUCGUACCUGUAAAGUGUGUUUAUUUGGACGGUUUGAUCUUGAAAGACCUUAAAUUCGUCCUAUGUUACCGGUCGUCAAAUGGCCACGCUGAGUCGUGUUUCCCAUCCUGGACCUGUACUUUUUCUGCUGAAUACCUGUGAGCCGUGAGAGUCUCCCAGGAUGAAGAUUCUGUGCAGACAAUCUCAGCCGACUGAGCGAUGACCCUAGUAGCUGGACAUUGCAUUUCGGCCAGAUAUAGCGAUCUCCAGCUAUUUUCGAUUUUGU